AUGCCUCACACAUUCCCCUUGCAGAUCAAGUCCGUCGUGGCCCCCGAGCACGUGAAGGGCUACAUCUACAUCGAGUCGUACAAGCAGACCCACGUCAAGGCUGCCAUCGAGGGCGUGGGGAACCUGCGCAUGGGCUUUUGGAACCAGCAGAUGGUCCCCAUCAAGGAGAUGACGGACGUCCUGAAGGUGGUCAAAGAGGUGACCAACCUGAAGCCCAAGUCCUGGGUCCGGCUCAAGAGGGGCCUGUACAAGGACGACAUCGCUCAGGUUGACUAUGUUGAACCGAGUCAGAAUACAAUAUCUCUGAAAAUGAUUCCCAGAAUCGAUUACGACCGAAUCAAAGCUCGCAUGAGCCUGAAAGACUGGUUCGCCAAGAGAAAGAAGUUUAAGAGACCACCGCAAAGGCUUUUCAACGAUGAAAAGAUCAGGUCCCUGGGCGGUGAUGUCACCACUGACGGAGACUUCUUGAUUUUUGAAGGAAAUCGCUACAGCCGAAAGGGCUUCCUGUUCAAGAGCUUUGCCAUGUCAGCUGUUAUCACAGAAGGAGUGAAACCUACUCUCUCCGAACUGGAGAAGUUUGAAGACCAGCCAGAGGGUAUUGACCUGGAAGUGGUGACAGAAAUGACGGGUAAAGAGCGCGCGCACAACCUGCAGGCUGGAGACAACGUGGAGGUGUGCGAGGGCGAGCUCAUCCACCUGCAGGGCAAGAUCCUGAGCGUGGACGGGAACAAGAUCACCAUCAUGCCCAAACACGAGGACCUCAAGGACCCCCUGGAGUUCCCAGCUCAGGAGCUGCGGAAGUACUUCAAGAUGGGGGACCACGUGAAGGUGAUCGCGGGGCGCUACGAGGGGGACACCGGGCUCAUCGUCAGGGUGGAGGAGAAUUUCGUCAUCCUCUUCUCUGACCUCACCAUGCACGAGUUGAAGGUGCUUCCCAGGGACCUGCAGCUCUGCACCGAGACAGCGUCGGGGGUGGACGCAGGGGGGCAGCACGAGUGGGGGGAGCUGGUCCAGCUGGACCCGCAGACUGUGGGGGUGAUCGUGCGCCUGGAGAGGGAGACCUUCCAGGUACUGAACAUGCAUGGCAAGGUGAUCACAGUGAGGCACCAGGCGGUGACGAGGAGGAAGGAUAACCGAUUUGCCGUCGCUCUGGACUCGGAGCAGAACAACAUUCACGUGAAGGACAUUGUGAAGGUCAUCGACGGGCCGCACUCGGGGCACGAGGGGGAGAUCAGGCACUUGUUCCGCGGUUUUGCCUUCCUGCACUGCAAGAAGCUGGUGGAGAACGGAGGCAUGUUUGUCUGCAAGACACGCCACGUUGUGCUGGCUGGAGGCUCUAAGCCCAGAGAUGUAACAAAUUUCACAGUGGGAGGGUUCGCCCCCAUGAGCCCCCGAAUCACCAGUCCGAUGCACCCCAGUGGAGGAGGAGGCCAACAGCAAAGAGGCGGGCAAGGGGGUGGGGGAGGAGGAAUGGGGCGUGGCCGAGGAAGGAGAGACAACGACUUGAUUGGACAGACUGUUAGAAUUUCACAGGGGCCAUACAAAGGCUACAUCGGGGUGGUGAAAGAUGCCACAGAGUCGACUGCUCGCGUGGAGCUGCACUCCACCUGCCAGACCAUCUCUGUGGAUCGACAGCGGCUCACCACGGUGGGGGCGAAGAGACAUGGAGGAAUGACCUCAACGCAUGGGCGGACCCCCAUGUAUGGCUCCCAGACCCCCAUGUACGGGACAGGAUCCCGAACACCCAUGUAUGGCUCUCAGACGCCCCUGCACGAUGGUAAGAGGGCAGAGAGAGGGAGGAGGGAGGGAGGGGGAGGUUAAAUUAUUGCCUAUAAACAAUCCCAGAAAGUUGGCUUGAACGGGGGGCAGUGAAACCAGCCCGAAUGUUUCAGAACGGCGGAAGAGGAUUUCGAGUACGGGUACGACGAUGAGCCCUCGCCCUCCCCGCAAGGGUACGGGGGGACCCCUAACCCGCAGACCCCAGGGUACCCCGAAGUACCGUCUCCACAGGUCAACCCCCAGUACAACCCCCAGACGCCAGGAACCCCAGCAAUGUACAGCACAGACCAGUACUCUCCCUAUGCUGCCCCAUCUCCUCAGGGCUCCUACCAGCCCAGCCCCAGUCCUCAGAGCUUCCACCAGGUGGCGCCAAGUCCCGUCGGUUACCAGAACACCCAUUCUCCAGCCAGCUACCACCCCACCCCCUCGCCCAUGGCAUACCAGGCCAGCCCAAGCCCCAGCCCAGUGGGUUACAGCCCGAUGACCCCCGGAGCGCCCUCUCCUGGCGGGUACAACCCUCACACCCCCGGCUCCAGCAUCGACCAGAGCUCCUGUGACUGGGUGACCACGGAUAUCCUGGUGCUGGUUCGAGACACCUUCCCGGACAGCCAGGUGGUGGGAGCAACUGGGGUUAUACGCAGUGUCUCGGGUGGCAUGUGCUCAGUGUUUCUACAGGGCACUGACAAAGUCGUCAGCAUCUCCAGCGAACAUCUUGAACCGCUAACGCCAACCAAAAACGACAAGGUGAAGGUGAUUUUGGGAGAGGACCGUGAAGCCACUGGCAUCCUGUUGAGUAUCGAUGGGGAGGAUGGUAUUGUGAGGAUGGAGCUGGAUGAGCUGUUGAAAAUCCUGAACCUUCGAUUCCUGGGCAAGCUGGAAGUGUGACCUGCCUGCCUGCCUCCCUCCCCUCCUCCUCACUCGCAUCCCUCCCUCACCUCCCCUCCGCACCACACGCCAGAUCUCCAGGAACAGGAAGCAGCUUCCACUGAAACAAGAACACAAUGUCAAAACUCAAGUCUUUUUUUUUUUUUUUUUAAUUGUCAUGCAACACCACCACCAAAAAAAAAAAAAAAAACACACAAACAAAAUAAUUUUAAUAUUCUUUUGUUUUUCGGGGAGUGUUCUGGAAUUAGGCAGCAGGUUAGCAACCCGCCCUACAUUUUAGUGCAGUUAUUGUGAUAUUUUUUUUGUCUAGGUUUUUAUCAUUAAAUUCCAGGUUUCAAUAAAACGUCAUUACUAUUAAAAAAAA